AGUACUUAUUCGGCCGGUCUAAUUGCGGGCACCAUCGUUUGGUACAACUACCUCCACAAUGCGCCACCUAUGAUAACCCUAACAACACUCUCUCGGAUCGUCUUCUUCAACCUCUUAAACCGCCUCAUCAAUUUCAUUCUUCAAUUUCCAUGGCGACUCACAAGCUCGCUUUGAUCAUCAAAAACCCUUCCAACGACUCCCAAUUCCUUCUCCUAAAGCAAUCUCCUCCUCCCAAAUUCGACCACGAUGAAUACGAUUCCUUCAUCGAUUCCGAUCUCUGGGACUUGCCUUCCACGAAACUUAGUCCACUCGAAGGAGAGUCGAACCCGAGAAUUGUUGUUGAAGGCGAAGAAUCGUGUUCAGAGAGGCUUGAAUUGUGUAAAUUUGAUCUCAAUUUGGCCCUCAACCAGGUUUUGGAACAAGUGGGUUUUGGGACACCUAGUGGGGUUCAGUGGAAGCUCUGCAAGUGUGUGGAAGAACCUGAAUUUGGACCGGGAUUGCCUGUUCAGACUGUGUAUGUUGUUGGAAUAUUGGGACCUGAAAAUGGAGAUUUACAAGGGCUAUGUAAAUGGAUGUCUCUCCAAAGUUGCCUAAGUUGUCUUCUUGAAGUGAAACCAAGUAGUGAUCGUGUAGGACCUUUGGUUGUUAUUGGUCUUGUAAAUGACUCACUUCAACCUGCCAAGUGGAAAAUCCCUCCCACCUUGAAUUUCCAGGAGUACCCUCUUGGUGUUAAACUUGUACCUAUGGGAAGCAGAACAGCAAAGCCCUUCCAUACUACAAACUUGGUUGUAUUUUCACCAGAGAGUGUUUCUGAUGGCUUGACAGAUAGCAGUUUUGUUUCUCAUGGAGAUGCAUUGAUAGUAGAUCCAGGAUGCCGGCUUGAAUGCCACAAAGAGCUCGAGGAAAUAAUUGCUGCUUUGCCAAGAAAGUUAGUAGUCUUUGUUACCCAUCACCAUCAUGAUCACGUCGAUGGUCUAUCAGUCGUUCAGAAGAGCAAUCCUGAUGCUAUACUUUUGGCUCAUGAGAACACCAUGGGUCGCAUUCGAAAAGAUCAUUGGUCUCUUGGCCAUACCCCAGUUUCAGGAGGAGAAGAGAUUUGCAUUGGUGGUCAGCGAUUGAGAGUCAUUUAUGCUCCGGGGCAUACAGAUGGCCACAUGGCGUUACUUCAUGUCAAUACUCACUCGUUGAUUGUAGGUGAUCAUUGUGUGGGUCAAGGAAGUGCGGUUUUGGAUAUUACUUCUGGUGCAAAUAUGCAUGAAUACUUCCAAACAACUUACCAAUUUAUGGAGAUUUCUCCACAUGUGUUAAUCCCCAUGCAUGGGAGACUUAACCUGUGGCCAAAGCACAUGCUUUGCGCAUAUCUCAAAAAUCGCAGAAGUAGAGAAUCAACCAUCUUGAAGUCCAUUGAAAAUGGAGCAAAAACAUUGUUCGACAUUGUUUCUUAUACAUAUGCUGAUGUUGAUCGUAGUCUCUGGGUUCCUGCCAAUCCAUCAAAUGUGAGGCUUCAUGUGGAUCAUCUAGCCAAACAAGACAAGUUGCCAAAGGACUUUUCUUUUCGCAAGUUCCAGACUACAUGUGGACUGCGUUUCUUAUCUCAAUGGAUUUGGGCAUGCCUUAAUCCAAAGCUGAGGACACCGACAAUGCUUGGUGCCGUGGCAGUGGUUGGCUUUGCUGUGGUGUAUGCAAUUAAAUUCAAACUCCAUUCUAAAUAAGAGAGAGAGAUCAGCAAGGAAGUCCUGGAUGAUGAUGUAGAUGUGGAUGUAAUAUAGUUAUAGGCUUAACUACCAAAUUAAAAUUCUCCAUCUUUCCUUUCUUUUGGAGAGGAGAAAUAAUCUGAAAUAGUUUGGCAAAACAUGGGCUUGAAAAUGGCCCUUAUCAUGUUGUUAUAGUGGCUCACUUCUUGUUAUAAUGUACCACUCGUAAUACAAAAUGGGAAGCAAAUACUCUAUUGAAAACGUUUCUUAUGUUGUUGUGUGCA